AUGUAUCGGGUCCUUGGUAAGGGCGGAUUUGGUGAAGUUUGUGCCUGUCAGGUUCGUGCUACCGGAAAGCUUUACGCAUGUAAGAAACUGGAAAAGAAGCGAGUAAAGAAACGUCGAGGAGAACACAUGGCCUUGAUGGAAAAACAGAUAUUGCAGAAGGUGAACUCGCGUUUUGUGGCUGCUACCUGCCCUAUAAUGCCAGAUUAA